AACUUUGAUAAAAAGCGCAUGUAAAUAUAAUCUAGGACGAUAAAAUAGCAGUGCUUUAUCAGUAAAAAUAAUGUUUCCUACAGUUACAUCAUUCAGUGAUUGCUACUAUGUUUAAAUUCAACUUCAAACUUAAAUCUUAAACAUAUAUAACCUUACUCUGUAAAUAUACAAGUAUGAGACUAAUGGAGCUUGGACUAUCCGCCAGUAGUGAAUAUUCUGUUGAAAUCAAGACAGAAGUUCCAAAUAAUGAGUGCAAUCUACCAGUGACUAAAAAUGUAAAAAACAGGAGAAAAGCAGCAGUCCCUUUGAGGGCAUCACCAUUAGGAGAGUCUUCUUUGGGUGAAGAAUCACAAACCAGUCAGAGUUCACUUGAGGAUAACUCAAACUCUGCAGAUGAGGAAAUCACCAGUGUGGAAUCAAGCAACAAAACAAAAGAUGAAUACAAAUCAAAGAGUGACAUCAAAUGCAAUAUGUGUGAAAAGCUAUUCGAAUAUAAAUCAGAGUUUGAUUCACACUAUCAGAAUACAUACAAUAGGACUCCAGUUUAUACAUGCUUAUAUUGUAACAGAACAAUGGACAAAUAUGCAACUUUUAGAAGUCAUUGUUAUAGGCAUAUCACUGAGGGAAGAUUUAAAUGUGAAGACUGUGGACAAGGUUUUAAGUUGCAGAGUCAAUUGCAAGUACACAUUUCUGGUAAGCAUGCAAAACUGAAACCUUUUUGUUGUGAAGAGUGUGGAAAACAAUUUGCUACGAAAUCUGGAUUAAAAAUCCAUGUAAAACGACAUCUGGGCGAAGCGAAAGAGCAAUAUACUUGUGCAGAGUGUGGUAAAAUUUUGCAUACAAGAGGAGGUCUUACAUCUCAUAUGAAUGUUCAUCGUUUGGGCAGACGGUUUAUGUGUGACGUGUGCGGUAAGACGUUCACACAAAAAGUGAACAUGCAACAACACGUGAAACAACACACCGGGGAUAAGCCAUAUGAGUGUGACAUAUGUGGCAAAGCUUUUGCAGAAAAAAGUCAUCUUUCACGUCACAAUAGCUUUCACACCGAUGACCGGCCCUUCAAAUGCGAAAUCUGCGAUAAGAUGUACAAAACCGAACGGUGUUUGAAAGUGCACCGACUUGUUCACGGCAAAGAACGCCCGUAUGUAUGCACCUAUUGCAAUAAGGGUUUCCUCAGCAGCACAAAACUCAAACAACAUUCCAAUAUUCAUACUGGCGAGCGCCCCUUUGCUUGCAAAUACUGUGAGCGAAAGUUUACCAACUAUCCGAACUGGUUGAAGCACACGCGUCGAAAACACAACGUAGAUCAUAAAACAGGCAAAGAUCUACCGCCGAAGUAUUCGCACAAUUUAAUUGAAACCGUUGAACUAAUAAUUGAAGAUCCCAACGCACUCAAUCAUUACGAUCACACACUUCCUAUUCAUAAUAGUAAUGACAAUACAAUAGAAAGUAUAGAUCCGGUCAAAUUAGAAAUUAAGUCCGAGAUGUCUCAAAAAAUCGAAGGUGACAACGACUUGCAUAUAGGCAUAGAUCCACAUCCUGAAAGUUUUAUAUGCGGCGAGGAUUACGACGAUCGCUCCUUGGAUUUCAUCGAGUUUCAUGAACCGAUACAUCAUGAUAAUUUAACCACUGAUUUCAAACUGAGCAAACACGACGAGUUGUAUUUGCAAAAGAGGAUCCUAAAUUUUCCCAUGACUGACAACGAACACAUUUAGUUCCUUUAUUCGGCAACGAAAAUUUUUCUGUCGCGUGGCUGUGAUUGCGAUAGUAGUGCCAUAACAGCGCAAAUUUACAUUCCAACGUUUUUUAUUCUUCGAGUCCAUGGUUUCGGUUCCUGUUUUUCAAUAUAAAUGUUUUUAUUAAUAUGCAUUGAGUGUAAUGCAUCUGUGAAGUACUUAGUAUUGUAAUUACUUGUCUAUGUAAGGCCCGUCGCAAUUGAUAUUCGCAAUAAUGCAUUACGAUGUUAUCCUACUAAUGAUCGAACUACUUAGUCAUAUCUAGUGUUUUUGUAUGCAUAAUGAUGCGCCAGUGAUCAGGAAGCGAACAAGCGUCGGUGGCUUAUUGUACUACUAGUUGUAGUUUGUAUAAUUACAUAGCUUGUAUUUUUGUAGUCAAAAGUAUUUUUACACGUAGCGUUUGUACUUUUAGCGAUUUAGCGAUAGAUUUAGGAUAUAUAUUAUUCGUCGGAUGUAGGAUAUAGCAUUAUUUAGCUUAUAAUUUACGGCCCGUAUUUUGUAUUGGAAUUUUGCUACUUUUAGGCAUAAUUUUCUAGUGAUAUUCGGAAGUUUCGGGAUUUCGACGGAAGAAAGCAUUCAAAUUAAACCAAAUAUUUUGUCACGUUUGUAAAUAUAUUAUGUGUGCGCUAUGGCACAUUUUAUACUACUUUAUGCAAUAUUAAACUACUUGAAUUUGUAAA